GCAAACAUCCUUAGCUAUUUCGCGUCAUAGCUCAUACAAAGACGUAAUUACAAGACACCGGACGCUAUCAUCGUCUUGUAUCAUAAUGAUUUUGUUAUUAAAACAUAUUAUAAAUUAAUAUAGUCUUCAAAAAUGUUAUAAACAGUGUAAUAUUAAGGUUAGAGAUAGAUUGAAUAUCGAAAAUGGACGCAAAUCUUUAUAUUUGACUUUAUAUUUGUGUUGUUUAGCUUUGUGUCUAAAAAAGUGUUUUGGUAAUGAACAAUGAAGCAAGUGGUGUUAGUUUUGUGUUUUUUUCUGAUGAUUGUGGGGAAUGACAGUGGGGUAUGGAUGCCAGUAGGUAGCCCCAUAAUCAGUGCGUAUCCUUGUAAGAAUACUAAGGACAUACUGGUGUGGUUUGAGCCAGGGUUGCCUCCGAAGGAUAACAAUCACUACUAUGUGUACAUAAACAAGAACUUUCCCGCGGAUAGUGUUACUAGAGUGUUCUUUGACGCUGAAGUUAAUAUCACGUUCACUGUCAGAUCGGACGAAAAGAAAUUCCAAAGAUUUUCUCUGACCGAUGGCGACAGCUUCACGCUUCGCUUCUUCGUGCAGCACGCAGGCCUCGGCUUCGCCGUGAAGGGGACCAUACCAGGCCUCACGCCCUACCUCACAGGCCUCACUAUCAACGAUGUGGAGUACUGCAAUGAACCGGAUGUGGGAUUCCUCCACGAGUACGCAGCGGAAACCGGAAGCGCACCACAGAACUGCGGGCGCCGGAAGGUGGACCACACGGAGCUGAUCGUCAACGGAGCGCCCACCAAGCCCGGCGACUGGCCGUGGCACGUCGCUCUCUACACCCUCAGGGAUACCGUCUUCAAGUACAUAUGUGGCGGCACACUCGUUUCUAAGAACUUUGUGCUGACGGCUGCCCACUGCGCCACGUCGAGGGGAACUCCGUUCACGCCGGAUGUGCUCAGCGUGGUGCUGGGGAAGUAUAACCUGAAGGGUGGCGACAAGGAAUCUGAAGAGAGGCAAGUUCACAGAAUAAUAAUUCACGAGCAUUAUCUGCACCGGAAGUUGUCCAACGACAUCGCUCUGUUGAAGUUGAGGACUGAAGUCGCCUUCAACGACUACAUCCAGCCAGCGUGCCUGUGGUACCGGCGCGCCACUGAGCUACUGAAUACCAGUACUAUCAUGGGAACUAUCGUAGGAUGGGGCUUCAACAUAAACGAUACUCUGUCAGAGACUCUUCAGCAAGCCAGCAUGCCGAUGGUCUCAGAAAGCACUUGUAUAAAGAGCAACCCGCUCUUCUACGGCAAGGCACUCAACGGCAAGAAGUUCUGUGCGGGCUAUCAUAAUGGCACGUCAGCAUGCAAUGGCGACAGUGGAGGUGCUUUCCAGGUGUUCAUCCCAGAUAAAGUGCAAACUCAGAAGGAUAAGGUGUCGGGCAGUUGGCACGUGCGGGGGAUCGUGUCCAAUACAAUAGCGCGCUUAGACGCGCCUAUCUGUGACCCCACCCAGUACACCGUUCUCACAGACGUCGAGAAGUAUAGGGACUGGAUCGACAGCCACAUGGAAGAUUAGUAUCACUAGUACAGAAUACUCAAUAGCCGCCUUUCUGCCACUAGUUACUAGUAGCACGUGAACCGUUGAGUCAAAUCCACCAAAUAUGUUACACAGACCAGAAUAUAGAUGUCGCUGUACGUUAUUGCGUCGCAAUACUGUUAUCCAUUCAAGCAAAUAUACUUAUGUAUUUAUAUUGAUUCGAAAUUACUGUAUUCAUCCCAGGGUUCGCAAUAAUCCUGUAUACCUAUUUAGCAAGAGUCUUAUGUUUAUUUGUAGAUUUAUCUAUUUUGAUUGAUAGAUACGUAGACGAACUGUGAUGACUUAUACUGGACACACUAAUCAAAUCCUUCAAACGUGUUGCAAAGAUCAGAAUAUCGGUGGCGCUGUUUGUAACUACGUCGCGGUAUUGUUAACCGUAUAAGUGCAUAAAUAGCUAUAUCACAGGCUAUAUUUCAAAUAUCCGAAAGUGUCAUUAUUACUUGUAAUCCUUGGAUUCGCAAUAAACUGGUCUUAGUAUUUA